AUGCUGUGCUUCACGCGCCGUGCGCUGAUGCGGCGCUCUCAGAGGGCUUUAGAACAGAAGUUCAAGAGUCAUUGUGGUAGCACUAACCCUGCCACCGACACGUCUGUCGCCGGUAAAGUGAAGGCUGAGUUGAAAAAAAUGAUCAAGAUCCAGCUGGUACUCAUCCCUAUCUGCGUAGUCCUUAUGGUCUGGAUGUACCCCACCCCGACCGAGGAGGAUGAGAGGCGAAUGCGGCUGGAGUAUGAACGGAAUGCUGGCUGGAAGACGUAG